UAAUGCUUUAAUAGUGAAGACAUAAUGGUAAAAAAACGUUCUGUACACAUUAACCAUAUAGUGGAGAUCCCGAGGGAUCCUUAUUAUAUACCAAAUUACAGCUUAGUUGAUAUUUUAAACACUCUUGAUAACCAAAGCAUAGAUAUUAAUGGAGCAUCCACAGCACAAACAGAACCACAAAUAAACGCAGUGUUAACAGCUUUAAUGAACGCAUCAUCUCCAAGUUCCCCAACCCAUAUGCAGUCACCGGUGUUUACACAAGGAUCACAACAAAAUCUACAAUACAAAUCCGCACCAAAACCAUUCAUUAAUAUUGUGGAACAACCAGCUACAAAGCCACUUAAAUUUCGUUAUAAAAGUGAAUGUGAGGGACGUUCGGCCGGUUCUAUACCUGGCCUGAAUUCUACACCCGAAAAUAAAACGUAUCCCACUAUUGAAAUAGUGGGAUAUAAAGGUGAUGUUGUCAUAGUUGUAUCAUGUGUUACAAAGGAUCCGCCAUAUAGACAACAUCCACAUUAUUUGGUGGGCAAAGAUGGUUGCAAAGAUGGUAUAUGUACCCUUGUCUUAAGCGGCGAACCUCUGCAAGCAGUUUUCUCUAAUUUAGGUAUACAAUGUGUGAAGAAAAAUGACAUCAAAGCUGCAUUGGAAGUACGUGAGCGUCUACAAGUGGAUCCAUUUAAAACGAAAUUCGGACACAAAGAUCAACCGGCGAGCAUAGAUUUAAAUGUGGUACGUUUGUGUUUUCAGGCUUUUUUAAAAACUGAGUCAGGUGUGAAACCAUUACAACCUGUUGUAUCGGAACCAGUUUUUGAUAAGAAAGCUAUGUCAGACCUCGUCAUUUGUAGACUUUGUUGCUGUUCAGCAAAAGUAGGUGGCGGUGAUGAAAUUAUUUUGUUAUGCGAGAAGAUUGCCAAAAAUGAUAUUAAGACUAUUAAAAUAAGAUUUUAUGAGCUCAAUAAUGACAAUCAACUUGUAUGGGAAGAUUUUGCUAAAUUUCGGCCAGCAGAUAUACACAAACAGACAGCUAUUACAUUUAAAACUCCACCUUAUCACAAUCAAGACGUAUUAGAGAAAGCAAAGGUUUUUAUUCAAUUGGUGCGGCCGUCUGAUGGAGUUCAAAGUGAAUCUAUACCAUUCGAGUACCACCCAGAUCCAGAUCAGAUCAAGCGUAAACGUCUUAAGACUGGCGGAAACCCAAUGAAUAUUCUUAGAAGAGAAUUACAGAAAUAUGAGAAACAGCAAAAUGCUCAAUUUCAAAAUGAUAUUAAAGAUAUUUGUAAGUUUUUCCCUUUUUAUUUUUCUUUCAUUUACUUUUGUACCCUACAUCCUACCAAACAAGUAGAUCAUUUGAAUUUCAUUUAAUUCACAUUCGCUCUAUGAAUUAUAAACAUUUUAAUGAUGGGAACUGCAUUUUACACUUCACUACUAUCCAUUGGAACAUAGUAUAUAUAAUACAAUACAGUUACGUACAUAUAAAACCAUAUACAGUAUAUGGGCUCCCAUAUACAAGGAUCUGGGUUCUCAUUUAUUUGCAAGGUCGUUAACUCAAACACAAAUUAUAUCCACACAAGUGAUUUUUCUAUAGGUAUAUCCAAUAUAAAUAAUUAUCGGUACGGAAAUCGAUAUCA